AUGGCUGAAAUGCAAUACUAUAUCCAACUCUUCUUCUUCUGGCUCCUCUCUGCAACAGCAGUUCUUGCCUUACUAACUAGAAACAAGAACAAGAACAGUCUUACUCCACCAUCCCCUCCAUCACUACCUAUCAUUGGACACCUUCAUCUAAUAUCUAAAAUACCUCACCAAUGUUUUCACGAGCUCUCAAUACACUAUGGUCCCAUAAUUCAACUUUUCCUUGGCUCUAAGCGAUAUGUAAUAAUCUCAAGUCCAGAAAUAGUAAAGGAGUUUCUUAAAACCAAUGAAGCUUAUUUCUCCAAUCGUUUUAGAAGUGCUGCAGUUCACUACUUAUCAUAUGGAUCAAAGGGUUUCUUGUUUGCUCCAUAUGGUGACUAUUGGAAGUUCAUGAAGAAGAUGUGCAUGUCAGAGCUUCUUGGGGGAAGAACACUUGAUCAGCUCCUUCCCUUGAGGCAACAAGAGACUCUGAGGUUUAUGAGGCUUUUGCAAAAGAAAGGGGAAGCUGGUGAGGCUGUUGAUGUCGGCGGUGAGCUCUUGACUCUUACCAAUAGCAUUAUAUCAAGGAUGACUAUGAGAAAAGUUUGUACUGAGAAUGAUAGUGAUUCUGAAGAAAUUAGGAAGAUGGUGAGAGAUGCGGCAGAGCUUGCAGGGAAGUUUAAUAUAUCAGAUCAUAUUUGGUUUUGUAAGAAUUUGGAUUUGCAGGGAAUGAACAAAAGGCUUAAAGGGAUUAUGGAGAGGUUUGACACAAUGAUGGACAUGGUGAUAAGGGAGCAUCAAGAGGAAAGGAAGAAAACGAAGGAAAAAAGUGAAGGUGGUCAUGUUAGGGAUCUACUUGAUAUUUUGUUGGAAGUUCAUGAAAAUGAGAAGAGUGAAAUCAAGUUCAGCAGAGAGAAUAUCAAAGCUUUCAUCUUGGACAUAUUUACCGCAGGAACAGACACAUCUGCUAUAACAAUUGAAUGGGCUAUGGUUGAGUUAAUAAACAAUCCACAUGUGAUGCAAAAAGCAAGAGAAGAGAUUGAUUCAAUAACACAAAAGAGUAGAUUAAUACAAGAAUCAGAUCUUCCCAAACUUCCAUACUUGCAAGCAAUAGUAAAAGAAACCCUAAGAAUCCAUCCUGCAGUACCAAUUUUAGGGAGAGAAUCUUCUGAAAGCGGCGUCGUUUGUGGAUAUGAAAUUCCAGCAAAUACUAUUUUAUUUGUUAAUCUAUGGUCAAUGGGAAGAAACCCUAGAGUGUGGGAAAAUCCACUUGAGUUCAAGCCAGAAAGGUUUAUGAGUGAAGAUAUUAAGUUUGAUGUGAGAGGACAAAAUUUUGAAUUUAUGCCAUUUGGAACUGGAAGAAGGGCUUGUCCUGGGACCUCAUCAGCACUUCAGGUUGUUCCAACAAAUCUUGCUGCUAUGAUUCAAUGUUUUGAGUGGAAGGUUGAUGGUGAUGGAAAAGUUAACAUGGAAGAGAAAGCAGCAUUGAGCCUUCCAAGGGCUCAUCCUUUGAUGUGUGUGCCUAUUCCUCGUUUUAAUGGCUUUCCUUUUGGUGUGUAG